GCUCAAGCUCGAAGACCGCUCACUGAUGCCCCGUGACCUGGUUCGACGCAUGGGCAAAAAUGCUGAUAAUCAAUGUGGAACAGUGAUUGAUGUGAAUAUGGAGUGCACCUUGAAGAUUCUGGGAACAAAUUACAUUCUUCACCCAGUCAACAGUAGAGACUUGCAGCAUAUUUGGCCAUUUGUCUAUGGUGAUUAUAUAGCCUUUGAUUGCUGGCUAGGAAAGGUUGACAACAUUGUGGCCCAGCUUAUCCUAAAGCUAUCAAAUGGAGCCAGAUGCUCAAUGAGUACCAGUGAUGGCAGUAAGCUUGUUGAUCUUUGUCCCCAUGUCAGUGACUCGAAACAAAUUCCUUCAUCAGCCCGUGUCACGCAAGGCUGAGAAAGUGCC